CCGGACCCACGGGGAGGGAGACACAAUCUAUUGAGAGUGCGCGAAUACUGACGAAAGCGACUUAGUGAAAGCACGUCUUUUCUCUCUCUUUAUGACGUCUUUUCGCUCUUUUGUUUCGUAGACCUUUUUCAUUACUCAUCUCCUCUCAAUUGACGCCCACCAUGCUCCGCAGCCGCGUCUCGUUGGUAGCCCGCAAUGCCGGACCGUCGGCCAUCGUGGCCCGGGCUGUUCGGACCUUCGCUACGGCGUCGCCCGUGACGCCGGUUGACAGGAACCACAAGGUCGUCGUUAUUGGCGGCGGUACCGCGGGUCUGGCCAUCAGCCAUCAACUGCUCCGAUCUGGAAAAUUCGCCCAGGACGACAUUGCCGUGGUCGAUCCCGCCGAGUGGCAUCACUACCAGCCCGGCUGGACUCUGGUUGGCGGUGGCCUCAAGACCAAGCAGGAGCUGCAGAGGCCCAUGAAGAGCUUGAUCAACCCCAAGUUCAAGUUCUACAACGAGAGCGUCAGCGCCUUUACCCCUGAGGACAACCUCCUCACCCUCGGCAAUGGCGACAAGGUCACCUACGAGCAGCUCGUCGUUGCUCCCGGCAUCACCAUCAACUACGGCAGCGUCAAGGGCUUGCCCGAGGCUCUUGCCAACCCCGACUCUCUCGUCUCAUCCAUCUACGGCUACGAAACUUGUGACAAGGUCUUCCCCACCAUCAAGAAGCUCCAGAGUGGAUCUGCCAUCUUCACCCAGCCCGCCGGCGUCAUCAAGUGUGCUGGCGGCCCUCAGAAGAUCAUGUGGCUCGCCCUCGACUACUGGAAGAAGGCUGGUCUGUACAACCCCAGCAACCCUUCCAGCUCACCCAUCAACAUCAGCUUCGCCACUGGUCUUCCCUCCAUGUUCGCCGUGGCCAAGUACGGCGCCAAGCUCGAGGAGUUGCGAAAGGAGCGAGGUGUCGAGGGCCUGUUCCAGCACGACCUUGUCGCCAUUGACGGCAACAAGGCCACCUUUGCUCUUCCCGAUGGCAAGGAGCAGGUGACCAAGAACUUUGACCUCCUGCACGUCGUCCCCAAGAUGGGACCUCAUGCGUUUGUCAAGAACAGCGCCUUGGCCAACGAGGCUGGCUACGUCGAUGUCCACGACGGCACCACCCGCCACAAGAAGUUCGCCAACGUCUGGUCUGCUGGAGAUGCUUCCAGCCUCCCCACCUCCAAGACGGCCGCAGCCAUCACGGCCGAGGCACCAGUCCUCGUCGCCAACCUGUUGGGGGCUAUGGAGGGCAAGGAGCCCGAGGCGCUCUACGACGGAUACGCCUCAUGCCCCCUCCUGACCGAGUACGGCAAGGUCCUCCUGGCUGAGUUCACAUACGGCGGAGUGGUCAAGGAGACUUUCAACAAGGUUGGCAUCGACCAAGGCGUUCCUCGCCGUGCCUUCUAUCACCUGAAGAAGGACUUUUUCCCUUGGGUGCACUACCAGGCCAUGGUUAAGGGUACUUGGGCUGGGCCUAAGGGCUGGAUCAGGUAAAAAUGGACAUGUGUAUAAUAUACUCGGUUAUUGAUAGAAUGAUUCUUCAGAAUAAUCUACAUCUGAAGCGCUCCUGCAUUAUAUUUAACGCUGCGAAGCAUCGUGGUAUUUCCUGUCAACAAUUUGUGGGCUGACUGUGUGACCUCAAAGUCACGUCCGCCUCCAGCUUCUUUGCAUGUUUACAGUCCGUCCUCAGUGGAUUGCUGU